AUGUGCGCAAGGAUCUUCCGCAUCCUCGUCAUCCCCGGCGACCACGUUGGGCCUGAGCUUAUGAGGGAGUCCCUGCGGGUGCUCAAAACCAUCGAAGCCGCAUCGAAAGGGUCUUUAAAAUUUGAGCUGAAUCACCAACUCGCUGGUGGUUGCAGCAUUGACAAGCACGGAACACCCGUGACGGAUGAGGUACUGCGGAUCGCAAAGGAGGAAAGCGAUGCAGUGUUGUUUGGCAGUGUCGGUGGGCCGGAGUGGGGCACGGCAUCUCCCAACCCUGAAUUUGGACUCCUCCGCUUGCGCCAACAUCUCGACGCUUUUGCCAAUAUCCGUCCCUGCGUGUUCUACUCGCGUAGCCUGAUCGAGUUGUCACCCCUCAAACACUCCCUUGUCAAUGGCACCAAGUUCAUUGUCGUUCGCGAGAACACCGGUGGGGCAUACUUCGGAGCAAAAGUCGAGGGGCCCGAUUUUGCCAGCGAUUCUUGGGCAUACAGUCGACACGAGGUUGAGCGUUGCGCUCGUGUGGCUGCUACGUUGGCAACCACUUUAGGCAAAGAUGGCCAGGGAGCCGGCGGCCCAGCCACGGUGUGGUCAAGCGAUAAAGCCAACGUCCUCGCCUCGGGUCGACUCUGGAGGAAGGUCACGAACGAAGUUUUUGAGAAGGAGUUUCCACACAUUGAGCUGAGGCAUCAAUUGGCAGAUAGCCUGUCGAUGAUGAUGGUCAAGAGCCCCAAGAUGAUGAAUGGUGUGAUUCUCACCGAUAACACCUUUGGCGAUAUGCUGUCAGAUCAAGCCGGCGGAGUGAUUGGGACGUUAGGCCUCCUUCCUAGUGCCAGUCUAUGUGGUAUUCCAGAUGGAAAGACUCGCUGUAAUGGCAUCUAUGAACCAGUUCACGGCUCAGCUCCCGAUAUCUCGGGUAAGGGUGUCGUUAACCCGGUGGCAGGAAUUCUUUCCACUGCAAUGAUGUUGCGCUACUCAUUCAAUCUCCACGUUGAAGCAGCAGCCAUCGAAGCCGCCGUCGAGAAGGUUUUGGAUGGAAAAGACAUUGGCGGUUUGGAAGUCCGCACCGGCGACCUCGGGGGAAAUGCCACGACAAAGGAGGUCGGAGAUGCCGUCUGCAGCGUUCUUGAAGACGUUCUGGCGGGCAACACAACAUUAAAUAUGUAG